UGACCUAUUAAUUUGUAAUGCUCUUCGGCUAGAUUUUCAUUGUAAUUGUCGGGGAAAAUUUCAAAAUACUCAUCAAUAACAUCACCGUAAAAGGGAGUUUUCUCAAGAUCUCGUCUCCUUGCUUCAACUGAAAGUUUUUCUAUGCGUGCUCUUUCCAAAUUCUGUUUACUAUCUAGAUAUGCAAGAACUUUUACAUAUUCACUUUUUUUGGAUUCAUCUGGUUCACGAUUAGUUAUACCUCUAAAUCUGUCUAUUUUCUUUUGCUCUUCGUCAAAAGUGACCCUUAGCUCGCGUAAUUUUUCCCAAUAAUCGUCUGGAUUAUCAAUAA